UCUGCAAUUGUUCGAACUCUGGGCUAGGGUUCUGCAGAAUUCUGUCUCCUCUUCUUUGGACUUCAUCGAAUCGUUUUCUAUCGGAUUCCAGUAUCAUUCAGCAGUUUAGACUUUACUCUCAAGGUCCAGAUCUCACCUCCAAUCUCUGUUAGAUCUCACCCUGCUAAGAAAUCAAGGAAAGAAGAGGAUGGCGCUCUCUGUUACAGGACAUGCUGAGAUGCUGUUAGGCGCAGAGAUGCUGUUAGGCGCAGCGAUGCUGUCAGUCGCAACGAAUGUUAGAGUACUCAUUAUUCUAAGCCUCUCUCUACAGGCCUUCUUGAUUCUGUUUGCACGGUUAAGAAAGGAAGGAACUGGGAGAAAACGGCCUUUCAUUCGCUGGUUGAUUUGGUUGGCGUACUUGCUCUCAGACAAGGUUGCUGCACAUACUAUGGUUCUUAUCUUCAGCAGCAAGCGUAUAACUUCAACAUCAACCGGACUUCCUACAGACAUCCUGCUAUUUUGGGCAUCCUUUCUCUUUUUGCACGUUGGCGGUCCCGACAGCAUUACCUCUUAUGCUCAAGAGGAUAAUGAGUUGUGGAAAAGGCGCUUGCUUUGGCUUCUAUUACACCUAUUUUUACCUCUCAACGCCUUCUCGAAUUCCUUCUCAAAGAACAAGCUUCGGCUCCCAACCAUCCUAGUGUUAUUUGCGGGCAUAACCAAGUGUGCAGAGCGCAAUUUUGCACUUUAUCGUGCAAGCUUUGCCCAUCUUGGAAUGUAUUGGGGAUCUUUCAAUGUCAACAUGAAAGAUAAGGAAAAAGAAGGCGAGACGGUAGAUGAUGAAAGAAAAAUGGGAACUGGAAGUCGCAUUCCAGUACAAUUCCAAGGCGUGGAGGAUCCCGAAUCAAGACUUGGAACUGCGGUUCAACUAUUUGGCAAUUUAAAGAGGGCACUUGUAGGCCCUCUUCUAACGAAACCAGAACAAAAGAUAAUCAGAGGAAGGUUUCUUAAGAUCAAGAGUAGCAAGGAGGCGCUCCGAGUACUCAAGAUUGAGCUAAGCCUAUUGUAUGAGCUUCUUCACACCAAGCUGCCCGUGAUCGAUACCAAAAGUGGAAUUUGUCUCCGUAUGGCUACUUACGGUUGCAUCUUACUAGCAUUGGUUUUAUUCUCAUUAGCUAAGAGGCACUACCAGUUGGGAGAGUUUGACAUGUUGCUGACAUAUGGGUUGUUAGUAGGAGCCUUGGCAUUGGAUUUCCUGUCUAUCACGUUACUCUUCAAACACUCUGAUUGGCUCGCCAUUUCUCACUUCCAAAGAUCUAAUGGAAAGGUUUUUGAUAGGCAGGACAGGUGGUCUAAUGAAGUUUCCCAGUUAAAUGUGAUAACUUACCAUGUCAAGGAUAUGCCAGUUUGGUUGAUCAUGAACAAACUGGAUGAUAUUCGUGACUUGAGGGCUUUGGUGAAAGACAUUAAAGGAAUCCACUGUCAAUCCUUCCAGAAUUUAGAUUGCAAACACUGGCGUUUUAUCUAUUACGACUUGAAACGUUUUCCAAAGAAUACAGACAUCGAAGAAGUUUGGUUAGGAAGAGGUGAUGAAAUUCGGGAGCGCGUCUUGGAACUUGAGCAGUGGGAAAUGAUUAAAAAAUUAGAUUACACGAAAUGCCUUCUGGUGUGGCAUAUAGCUACUGAAAUAUGCUACCAAAAUGACGAGCAGUACGAGCCCAAGCAUGGGAGGACAGAUUACAGAAAAUUUUGCAAGCUUCUUUCAGAUUAUAUGUUUUACCUUGCGAUGAUGCAGCACACCAUGAUGGCUACAGUGUUGGACAAUUGGAACACCGUGUUUAGAAAGACAUUGAAAAGGAUUCGGUCAGAAGUGUGUCGGAGUUGUUCAAAUGAAAAGAUGGCCUGCGAAGACAUACUUGACAUGAAGAAAGGCGAAGAAGAUACUUUGUUUUCUGCAGUUCAGCUUGCACGCGGGUUCAAGCAGCAGAAGAACCAUUACCCGUGGAAGGAAAUGAGCCUAGUUUGGGUAGAAUUAAUGUAUUAUGCUGCUAUUAAUUGCAGGCCUAAUAUCCACGCAAAACAACCCAGUCGAGGUGGAGAACUUCUCACUUUGGUUUGGUUGUUGAUGAAUCAUAUGGGUCUUGGAACUAAAUACUACACCACAUUAGGCGAUGUGCUCAAACGGGGGGAUUCAGAUUCAGAUUCAGAUUCACAUUCAGAUUCAGACAAUCCAGGGGACAGUUAUGGGACCGUGCCCAGUUAUGGGACCGUGCCCAGUUAUGGGACCGUGCCCAGUUAUGGGACCGUGCCCAGUUAUGGGACCGUGCCCAGUAGCAAUGUGUUUGUGAACUGAAAAGUGAUGUUUAGCUUCUGCUCAUUCUACUUGCUAUCAAUGGCCAUGUCUGGUGACUUUGAGUAAGCAGCAAGAUCUACCAGUUUCCAACCAAUCACUGUGCUAUAUUUCUCAAACGUCAAAAAUGACCUCAUGAAUUUUAUUGCUAUUGGAGAUUGGAACGGGAAGUGCCUUUG